UCCUCUCUCUGUAGCAGAGACUUCCUCCUCCUCUUACUCCUCCCCCUCCUCCUCUCGCCAUGCCCGCCUUCUCCUUCCUCCCCCCGGCUCCCUCCAGCGCUCACACCCACCAUAGACCCAUGUGCAGCCCGGAGAGGAUCGUGCCGAUCCGCCUUGUGCAGCCAGGCCGGAGGCGGUUUUCGGGGCUCAGCAUGCAGCUGUCGGCUCCCCAGCUCCAGAACAACCAGGAGCAGCCGCCCUCCUCGUCCGAUCUCCGGGGCUGGCUCAGCGACAUGGUCCAGCAGGAAGCCAUCAGGCCCGAGCGGCCAGCCUCUCCCGAGGAGAAGAGCAGCGGUGCCAGCCCCGGAUACUGGCAUCAUAAGGAGGAGAGCAGUGCCAGUCCCGGACAGUGGGACCCCGAGGAGGACAGCAGCAGCAGUGCCAAUCCCAGAUACUGGCAUCCAGAGGACAACAACAGUGCCAACAACAGAUACUGGCACCCAGAGGACAACAACAGUGCCAACCCCAGACACUGGCACCCAGAGGAGAACAGUGCCAACCCCAGACACUGGCACCCAGAGGAGAACAACAGUGCCAAUCCUAGCUCAUGGCACCCCAGUGCUACCAUCCAACUGCCCAGUGCCAGGACUGAGUCCCACCAGGAGCGCUUGGCACUGCACCUGGCCGAGCUGGAAAAGCAGGACAAGUACCUGCGAGAGAAGUACCGAUACCGCUUCCAUAUAAUCCCAGAUGGCAAUUGUUUAUACCGAGCCAUCAGCAAGGCCGUAUACGGUGACCAGAGCCUGCACUCUGACCUACGGGAGCGCACCGUGCACCACAUAGCCGACCACCUGGAUACCUUCAACCUUAUCAUCGAGGGCGACAUUGGUGAGUUUCUGAUCAACGCCGCCCAGGACGGGUCGUGGGGCGGGUACCCAGAACUGCUGGCCAUGAGUCAGAUGCUCAACGUGGACAUCCACUUGACCACUGGAGGAAGGCCGGAAUGCCCCACCGUGUCCACCAUGGUCCACUACCUGGGGGAAGAAGACCCUUGUAAGCCCAGCAUUUGGCUCAGCUGGCUCAGCAACGGCCACUACGACGCCAUACUCGAGGAGCCCUUGCCCAACCCAGAGUAUGAAAAUUGGAGCAAACAGAACCAGGCCCAACGUCAACGAGACCAAGAAUUGGCCAAGUCCAUGGCAAUUUCCCUCUCCAAAAUGUACAUUGAGCAGAACGCCUGUUCCUGAGAUGGGACCCCCCCUAUGUGGACUCCUAUCCCUAACCCUAAAGUGGCCAUAGACCAAAUUUUCACCAGGUACAAAAGUUUCGUACGUUUAGUAUAUGUGAUGAGGACAAUCGUAGUCGAUGAACUGUGGAGGAGAAAAAUAUCAGAAAGUUGAUUGGACAGUUUGAAACUUUUUGGACUUUUUGUGCAAGCUAUUCCAUGUUGGCUGGGUUCCAAGGCCAUAUCCGGUGAUCUGAUGAUAUGGUUCCGGCUAUCGAGAUGGUUCCUGCAAGGCGCAAUCCUUGCUGACGGAAAUCACCAAACCUCCAGGGCG